AUGUCUUCCUCGUCAGUGCCUAGACCCACAUCGUCCCUUGGAGCAGCGCUCACGAUGCCCAUCUGCGGCUUCCUCAUCGCGCACUUCGGGUGGGAAUCAGCCUUUUACUUUACCGGUAUUAUCGGAAUAAUGUGGUCCGUGGCAUGGUUCGCGGUUGUAUACGAUUCACCUGCGCAGCAUCCACGCAUCUCUGAUGCCGAGAGGAACCACCUCAUGAAGGCACUGCCACAGGACUCCAACAAAGGCCACAACCCGGUACCGUGGCGCAGUCUGCUGACGUCAGCACCCGUCUGGGCCAUCGUGAUAACCCACGGGGCAUCUGUCUUCGGCUACUUCACCGUCGUCAAUCAACUGCCCACUUACAUUGAGAGCAUACUCAACUAUAGUAUUAAGCACAAUGGCCUCCUCUCUUCUUUGCCGUAUCUGGGUAAAUACCUGUGCGCCUUGGCGUCAUCAGUGUUGGCUGAUUCGCUACGCCGCAGUGGUAGUCUGUCUACGACAACAGCCAGGAAACUCUUUACUGCUUUGGCUGUGGGCUUACCAGGUAUACUUAUGAUUGCGCAAGCGUUCUUCGGUCACGAUCGCAUCUGGUCCAUUGCUAUCUUCACACUGGCGUUGACAAUCAACGGAGCUGUCACUGCUGGUUACCUUGGGAACGGGCUGGAUAUUGCGCCUAACUUCAGUGGGACCAUAUUUGGUAUUGCCAACACGUUGUCUUCUAUUGGCGGCUGGCUUUCGACUUUCAUGGUUGGAGAACUUACUAAGCACGAGAACACAUACUCCCAAUGGCAAAUAGUAUUCUUCAUAUUAUCUGGGACGUAUAUUUUCGGGGCUUUAGUGUUCACUUUCCUUGGGUCAGGGGAACUUCAACCGUGGAACUCGCCACCUAGCGACAACAAUAAGCGUGAGGAACAACCGCUCAAUGAGCAAAAAGCCUAA